GGCCACGGGGCAGUGCGCUCACAUCUUGUGUUAUGUAGCGUCUGAAAGGCAGAGUUGACACCAUGGCCGCGGAGAAGCAGCACUUACGAGCCUUUUGGGGCGGAAGAGGCGACAGUUUUCUGUGAAUUUCGUUUAGUUUUCACGGCACAGGAAUAAAGCUCCCCGAGGCUGUGACUACAUAUCAGGGGUAGGCGUUGUGUAUGCGUGCGUGGCGGCUGUUGUUGUCGGCAGCAGUGUCUGGCUCGCUCAGCCGCACACCUCCAGCCUCGUUAGCAAGUUAGCAAGUCAGCACUGUGUGUUCGCAUCGACGCUAAGCUAGCAGGGCUGCUAGCUUGGCCGGUUUGUUUAGUGGGAGCUGGUGUGUAGGUGAUGUUGUCCGUGCUGUCGUACGGUAGACUGGUUGCCAGAGCUGUCAUCGGCGGACUUUCUCAGACAGACAGCCGCGACUACAGCCUGGUGACAGCGAGCUGCGGCUUCGGCAAGGAUUUCCGCAAAGGUAUCCUGAAGAAGGGGAUGUGCUAUGGGGACGACGCGUGCUUCAUCGCCCGACAUAGAUCCGCUGAUGUUUUGGGUGUAGCAGAUGGAGUAGGUGGCUGGCGGGACUAUGGAGUGGACCCAUCGCAGUUUUCAGGUACACUGAUGAAGACAUGUGAGAGACUGGUGAAGGAAGGACGCUUUGUCCCCAGCAACCCGGUGGGGGUCCUCACAACCAGCUACUAUGAGCUGCUGCAGAACAAAGUGCCACUCCUGGGUAGCAGCACGGCCUGCAUUGUGGUUUUGGACCGGCAGAGUCACCGGCUGCACACAGCCAACCUGGGAGACUCAGGCUUUCUGGUGGUCCGGGGAGGGGAGGUGGUCCACCGCUCAGACGAGCAGCAGCACUACUUCAACACGCCCUUCCAGCUGUCCAUCGCUCCCCCAGGGGCCGAAGGGGCUGUCCUCAGUGACAGCCCUGACGCAGCAGACAGUUCCUCCUUCGACGUCCAGCUGGGUGAUAUCAUCCUCACUGCCACCGAUGGGCUGUUCGACAACAUGCCGGACUACAUGAUCCUGCAAGAGCUGAAGAAACUCAAGAACACAAACUAUGAGAGCAUCCAGCAGACUGCCCGGAGCAUCGCAGAGCAGGCCCACGUCCUGGCGUAUGACCCCAACUACAUGUCGCCUUUCGCACAGUUUGCCUGUGACAACGGACUGAAUGUUAGAGGAGGAAAGCCAGAUGACAUCACAGUGCUGCUGUCAAUAGUGGCAGAAUACACCGACUAGUGUCUGUGUGCAGCUGUGACAGGGGGGCAUCUGCCUGUGCAGGUGAUGGACUGCUUUGACUCCUGCUGGCCAGGAUGAAGGACUGAUGUCAGAUGCUUCCCCCGCAUGCGUCGGCUCUACUCUGCCUCAGCCCCCCAGCUGACCAUCAACCCCCCCCCUGAAAAACUCCUACAUGCCCACUUGUCUGUAAUGGUGUACAUCAGAGAGGGGUGGAAUAAAGAGGACUAGAGGCCUGAAACAUCCUCUUGGCAAGGCUGCAGCGUUGGCAUCUUUGCAGUGUUCCAGUGCUCACUGGAUAAUCCCAUUGGCCGGGAUAAGCAGUCAUUGGGCACGUUGGAGACGAGGAUCCUGUCUGACAAGGAUAAGUCGUCUUUCUCUGAUGGGUGGUUUGGGCAGGGAGGAAGUUGAGAUUCAGAGAUCGAGGCAGAUGUAGACAGACAGUAGGUGUUAGACUGUUAAAGCGGCCCCACGCUGGGCUGCUGGAAGGGAAAGCUGCAGUCCAUCAGUAGUGUCAAGAAGGGAACUGCACAGGAAAUGGCAGCAUUAGGGCUCAAUAAAUGGGCUGCCUUGUGCAAGCGGAUGUCCCUAAUGAGACAGUGGUGGUCAGAAAACCUUCGUCAAAGGGCCUGGAAACCUUGUAUGUGGGUGCAGGGAGCAUAUGUUUGAUCGUAGGAUGUGACCGGUGUGCUGUUAUGGGGUGUUUUCUUAAAUGUUUGAAAAAAAAAAAAAAGGGUGUACGUGGCACUUAUA